AGUGAACCGACCUACAGGCUUAGGCAGGUGCCAAUCCUUUAAGUGAACGUCGCUUCUUCUGGCCUUUUACCACUAGCUCUGACAAAAUGUAUGGCCUGGAAAUGUUGUCGUUUAACAUCAAGGAUGGCUUCUUAGAAGCAAUAGUCCGUGGGCACCGGUCAGGUCUUCUCACGGUAGCCGACUACAACAACUUGGCGCAGUGCGAGACCCUUGAGGAUAUUAAGCUGAACUUGGGCUCUACUGACUAUGGGGCUUACCUGGCUAACGAGGCGUCCCCCAUCUACACGGCCAACAUCGUGGAGAAAUGCACGCAAAAGCUGGUGAACGACUGGAACUACAUGCGAUCACAGGCGGACGAGACGCUGGCCACCUUCAUGGACUACUGCACCUACGGGCACAUGAUUGACAAUGUGGUCCUGAUCGUAACGGGGACGCUGCACGAGCGCGAUGUGCAGGAGCUGCUGGACAAGUGCCACCCGCUCGGCAUGUUCGACUCCAUCGCCACGCUGGCGGUGGCCCAGAACAUGCGCGAGCUGUACCGGCUGGUGCUGGUGGACACGCCGCUGGCGCCCUACUUCAGCGAGAACCUCACGCACGAGGACCUGGACGAGAUGAACAUCGAGAUCAUGCGCAACACGCUGUACAAGGCCUACCUGGAUGACUUUGCGGCCUUCUGCCAGAAGCUGGGCGGCGCCACGGCGGAGAUCAUGGGCGACAUGCUAGCGUUCGAGACCGACCGCCGCGCGCUGAACAUCACGCUCAACUCCAUCGGCACGGAGCUGACCCGCGAGGACCGCAAGAAGCUCUACUCCAACUUUGGUCUGCUGUACCCGCACGGCCACAACGAGCUGGCCAUGGCGGAGGACUUUGACCAGAUCCGCUCCGCCAUGGAGAAGGUGCCCGCGUACGCCAGCAUCUUCAGCAAGCUGGGCUACGGCGAGAGCCAGAUGCUGGACAAGCUGCUGUACGAGGAGGAGGUCAAGAAGUGCGUGGACUGCUACGAGCAGCAGUUCCACUACGCCGUCUUCUACGCCUACAUGAAGCUGCGCGAGCAGGAGAUCCGCAACAUCAUGUGGGUCAGCGAGUGCGUGGCGCAAGACCAGAAGGGGCGCAUUUCGGACGGCAUUGUGUACCUGUUCUAAACAGAGAAGAGAAGCGGUUUAGGAGCGGAUGUACGAGGGCAGGUUGUGGCGGGCGAGUGGUUACGUCGUGUCGGGCCGAGGAGGGUGAAUGAGGUUGCGGCGGUGCAUUGCUUCAUGACCCAGGCCGGUUGAGUGCCGUACUAAGUUGUGGAGGUGUACUGGGGUUGGUAUGGAGCUAAGAGGUUUCUGGGGCUGCGUGGCUGGGGAGGGUUGGGGGUCGGGCGUGGGGGCGCACGAUGACAGGUUAGUGGGUGUGUGUGUUCCUGAUCGAGAAGUGGGCGUACAUGGGGAAUGCGGCAGCCCCAAGACGGAUGCUACGGCUUUUUGCGGUGUUUUCGGUCAUUCCUUGGGAACUAAAUGACGUUUAGGUAGGAGUGCCGCUUUAGGUUUGUGUUAGGGUUAGCUGAGGAGUUUUCGGACUGCAUGGGGAAUCUGAUGAGAAGGGUUUAGAGGGUAGGUAACUCGUGUGUCGGACUGCUUAGAUAAGACAUGUUCAUAACACUUUGGCGUACGGCUGGCCUUCUUUGGCAUGCCCAGUGCUUGCAUGCAUGCCGCGUACUGAUUGAUGCCUGUAAUUGAACUACUGUUUUG